CUUUCUCUGAGCGCCGAUGGCACGGUAUCUUCUCGCCCCCACUUCCACCUCCUCCUCUACCUUUCUCCCCAAGGAUGGAGUCAAGAACUCGCCGACGUCACGGCCCCUCCGCCUCCGUGCGCUCGGCUCCAGGACCAGCAAGGCGCGGCACAUCAUGGCGGUGGCGUCCGAGCAGGCCGCGCCGCCGGCCAGGUACCCCAAGGUGGCCGCCCCUACCACCGGCCCGAUCCCCGCCGCCGAGCUGCUCGGAGUCAUCGAGGCCGCCGCAAAAGCUGGGGCCGAUGUUAUAAUGGAAGCUGUUAAUAAGCCACGCAAUAUCCACUAUAAAGGUGUUGCAGACCUGGUGACAGACACAGACAAGUUGAGUGAAUCAGUCAUUUUGGAAGUUGUCACCAAGAACUUCAAAGACCACCUCAUACUUGGGGAGGAAGGCGGCCUUGUUGGAGAUUCCCUAUCAGAGUACCUCUGGUGCAUUGACCCUUUAGAUGGAACAACGAACUUUGCACAUGGUUACCCCAGCUUUUCUGUGUCCAUUAGUGUUCUCUUCCGUGGAAAGCCUGCUGCUUCUACUGUGGUGGAAUUUUGUGGCGGGCCUAUGUGCUGGAGCACCCGUACAAUUUCUGCAUCUGCUGGCGGAGGAGCUUACUGUAAUGGGCAAAAGAUUCAUGUCAGUCAGACAGACAAGGUGGAACAAUCACUUCUCGUCACAGGUUUUGGAUAUGAACACGAUGAUGCCUGGACGACCAAUAUGAAUCUGUUCAAGGAAUUUACUGACAUUAGCAGGGGAGUGCGAAGGCUAGGGUCUGCUGCUGCUGACAUGUCCCACAUUGGACUUGGUAUUACAGAAGCUUACUGGGAAUACCGACUUAAGCCAUGGGAUAUGGCUGCUGGCGUCCUGAUAGUAGAGGAAGCUGGUGGGGUGGUAACUCGCAUGGACGGUGGAGAGUUUACGGUCUUCGAUCGCUCUGUUCUUGUUUCCAACGGACUUGUUCAUGGACAGCUUUUGGACCGGAUCGGCCCUCCUACUGAAGACCUUAAGAAGAAAGGGAUCGACUUCUCGUUGUGGUUCAAGCCUGACAAGUACCCGACUGACUUUUGAGCUGCAUCAAGGGCACCACCACCAGCCAUGGGCCACCAUAAUAAAGCAGCCAUCAUUUUUUUUUGGGAA